CGAGAACCUUGAGGCUGAGGUUCCUGUUUGCAUCUCCACAGCCUCCUCAGAAUGCACACGUUCCGUUGGCUCUGCGUCUGACCUACUGGGCUAGCAGAAGCCUCUUCAGUCGGGCUUGGGGACUGCAGCAGCGAGAGCUUCCAGUGUGCUGCUUCUCCUGGGUGCUCUUCACCUUGGGACUGAGAAGCCGUGCGCGUCAUGUGUUGCCUGCUGAAACUCUUCCUGAUGCCGGUGUUACUGGAUUAUUCCUUGGGCUUGAAUGACCUGCGCGUCUCCUCCCCUGAGCUAACAGUCCACGUGGGUGACUCGGCUCUGAUGGGAUGUGUUUUCCAGAGCACGGAAGAGAAACGUGUGAUCAAAGUGGACUGGAUGCUCUCACCGGGAGAGCCUGCCCAGGAUGAAUAUGUGUUGUACUAUUACUCCAACCUCAGCGUUCCCAAUGGGCGCUUCAAGAGCCGCGCGAGUUUGGUGGGGGACAUAGUCCGCGAUGCUGAUGGUUCACUCCUGCUCCAAGAUGUGCAACAGGCUGACCAGGGAACCUACACCUGCGAGAUUCGCCUCGAAGGGGAGAGCCUCGUGUUCAAAAAAACGGUGGUGCUGUACGUUCUGCCAGAGGAGCCCAAAGAACUCAUGGUCCAUGUGGGUGGCUCAGCUCUGAUGGGAUGCGCUUUCCAAAGCACAGAAGAGAAACGUGUGACCAGGAUAGACUGGAUGUUCUCAUCAGGAGAGCGUGCCAAGGAGGAGAUCAUGUUAUACUACCACUCCAAAUUCAACCUGCCUGUGGGGUACCCCCAGAGUUGGGGCCGCUUCCAGAACCGUGUAAACUUGGUGGGGGACAUUUCCCGCAAUGAUGGCUCCGUCAAGCUUGAAGGAGUGAAGGAGUCUGACGGAGGAGUCUACACCUGUAGCAUCCACCUGGGGAGUCUGGUGUUCAGGAAAACCGUGGCGCUGCGUGUGAUCCUGGAGGAGCCCCGAGAGUCCCUGUUGGCGACCCCAGCAGCUCUCCGACCUGCUUUGCUGGGCGGUAAUCAGCUGGUGAUCAUAGUGGGGAUCGUCUGUGCCACUAUUCUGCUGCUUCCUGUUCUGAUUUUGAUCGUGAAGAAGACCCACGGGAACAAGAGUUCCGCGGUGAAGAGCCUGGAGAACGCGAAGAAGGCUAAUCCAGAGAAACACAUUUACUCCUCAAUAGCGACACGGGAGGGGACCGAGGGAGAAGAGCCAGAUGCCAAGUCAGAGGCCACCUACGUGACCAUGAAACAUGCUUACUCCUCAAUAGCGACAGGGGAGGGGACCGAGCGAGAAGAGCCAAGCACGAAGACAGAGGCCACCUACAUGACCAUGCACCCAGUUCGGCCUUCUCUGAGGUCACAGCACAGUAACCCACUUGACCAAAACUCACCUGGAGGAAAGCCCAAAACGGAGCGGGCUUUUUGACAGUGGCCUUCAUCUUCGCAGUGGCAGUGAUGCUCGUCUGUGUCCGCAGCCACUGCACGGCCUUCAGACCCCAGCCCUCUCAGAUGUCCUCCUGCCUCCUUGUUUGGUCAAAGGGCUAAUCAUGGAGGGUUUGGAGCCUGCCACACAGACUGUCUGAAUCUGGAAGAACAGGCCCUGGUGGGGAAGGGCGGCAGUGGGCGCAGCCGGAGCGUGGUGGGGGGCCCUCCGUGAGCUGCGGGGACCUCCAGCACUCCAUCCGAUCAGUUGCUCUUGCGGUGUUCUUUGUGGACAAGCGACUGGAAAGAAUUACAGAGGUAGAAAACAAUCCAGAUGACUUCUCGGGUAAAUGAUCCUGAAAUAAAUGUGAUUUGUGGAAACUG